UCAAGCGUGCUGCUCCGGAAGCAUUUCAUCUCCAGUGCAUGUUCAUGAAAUGAGUGAGCGAACUUUGUAGUCGCUUACAUUGUAAAAUGGUUAUUGAAGGACCGAGUUGGCAGUUCCAUAACUAAUUUGCCUAGCAGUUUCCCUGCUGUACUGUGCUGCAUUCAUUUAUUGUGGAGUUUGGAGUCAGUGCUUAUUUCAAAUUGCUGUACACUGUGGAAACUAAUUCAAUCGAAUGAAUGGCGACCACUCCUGAUACUGGUUUAGAAGAAGAAAAUCUCCACAAGCAAAUUGACGAGAUUGAAGCACUUUCGUCUAUAUAUGGAGAUGAGUGGUGUGUCAUUGAUGAAGCUUCAAGAAUCUUUUGUAUUCAAAUCUCAGAUGACCUCGAUCAACCAAAAUGGACUCUUUGCUUGCAGGUCAUUCUGCCAUCAGAGUACCCAACAUCAGCUCCACCUAUCUAUCAGCUGAAUGCUCCCUGGCUCAGAGGUCCAGAAAGAAUGGAACUAUCUAACAGACUUGAAGAAAGUUAUGUGCAGAAUAUUGGGGAGAGCAUUCUUUAUCUGUGGGUGGAGACAAUCCGAGAAUUCCUUGUGGAGAAAUCACAUUCUGCUGACUCAGCAGAAAGCCCUGUACUCAAAAAGACAACAGAAGAGGUGGUAGAAGAUUUAGAAGAUGAUUUUAGCCCUGGAUUUCAAUUACCAAAAUGUCAAGACCAAAUCCAGGCUUUAGCUUUACUUGCAUCAGAAGGCUUAGAAGAUGAGGAACUCCCCCCUAUCAAGCAUGGAGAACCAAUUACUGACAGACGAAGUACCUUCCAGCCCCACCUGGCUCCAGUUGUGACACCAAAACAGGUGAAAAUGGUCCUCGAUAAAUUAUAUGCAAACAGGAAGAUUGCGAGUGCCACCCAUAACAUACAUGCUUACAGAAUAUACUGUGAGGACAAGCAGACCUUCCUACAGGAUUGUGAGGAUGAUGGAGAGACUGCAGCAGGGGGACGGCUACUCCAUCUACUUCAGAUUUUGGAUGUGCGCAAUGUAAUGGUGGUGGUGUCAAGGUGGUAUGGAGGCAUUCUGCUUGGGCCUGACCGUUUCAAGCAUAUCAACAAUUGUGCCAGGAACAUACUUGUAGAAGAAAACUACAUAGAGUCAACGGAUGACCCAGCCAAAUCAGGAGGAAAGAACAAGAAGCAAAAAAGCAAGAAAGGAAAAUGAAAGAGAUCCGGUGCUGUUCACCCUGGGCAUGCUUUUCUUGAUUGAAAACGUUGCAGAAGCUAGUUAUUUGCUGAUACUUUCACAGAUAGUGUAAUUUAUACAGGAAACCCCCAUGCAAGCUCAACUACUGAUUAUAAUUACAACCGGAACAUUCUAAUUUCACAAAUGUCAUGUCAUUUUAAAGAACUGUUCCCUGCAGAUGCAAUUAAAGAUUUAUUAUAUCUGAAGUUUCAGAUCAUCUUUUUACUUAUCUCCCAAUACCACCAGUUAUCUAGCUUGUAUGCCCAGAGUAAUACACUUGAUUAACAUUUUUGAUAGGUUAAUCUAUGGGCAUUAGUUGACUAAUUGGUAGAUUA